UUACGUAACCAAGAUGACUUGACAAUUUUGCCCUGUGGCACUGUCAGAGGUAAUGACUGCUUUUACUACCGUUGAACGGCACUUAAACUGUAGCAGCAGGUGUAUACGUGAUAAUAAGUGUAAUGUUUUUACCUGCGCCGUAAACUAGCCGCUACCUGCAAAGUUCACAACGCCGUCAUUUAGUCCGUCCUUGUUGCCCUCCGUCAGCCGGACGUCUUAUAAUGUGGGUCUUCGGUUACGGGUCUCUCAUAUGGAAAGUGGAUUUCCCUUACGAGGAGAAGAGAGUUGGCUACAUCACAGGUUUUAGUCGUCGGUUUUGGCAGGGCAGCACCGACCACCGGGGAGUACCGGGUAAACCUGGCCGGGUCGUGACACUUGUGGAGGAUCCUGAGGGCUGCGUUUGGGGCGUUGCCUACAAGCUGCCGACGGGUCGAGAGCAGGAAGUGAAGCGCUACCUCGACUAUAGAGAAAAAGGUGGUUAUCAGGUCAUCACUGUAACAUUUCACCCCCGUCCACCACACACCCCUCCGCCCAGCCAGACGCUGCUCUACAUCGGUUCUCAAGACAAUCCGGACUACCUGGGCCCUGCCCCUCUGGAGGAGAUAGCCAACCAGAUUGUCAGCUCUACCGGUCCAAGCGGGAAAAACACUGAGUAUUUGUUUCAGCUUGCUGAUGCUUUACGGACAAUUCUGCCCGAGGACUCAGAUACACACCUGUUUCUCUAGAAACUCUCGUGAGAGAAAGAAUACGCAACGGACAGAAACAUUUGCACACACAAACUGGCUGAUUGUAAUGAAUUAAGAAAAAAAACUUGAUGAAUGAAAAAAAAAAAUGAGUCUGGAUAAGUCAAAUCUCAGGUUACAAGGUACAGAUGGGGCCAUGAGUUUAUCACUUAUCGCUACAAUACAAUACACUGCACUUAAUCUGUACCAAAAGCUGCUUUAGAAUAUGAAAAUAUGACAAACACUUGAAGGUACUGUCAGUGGCAUACAACCUACAUGUUGAGUGAUCACUAUAUGAUAAGGAUUAACGUGUUUUUCUUGUCCAUCAUUCAACAGCACAAAGGUAAUGUUAUGACGAAUAAACGCCAAAUGUUCUGGUUGCAUUUCUGCAUUCACUGAUAUAUGUGGUCACAUUUAACAUCUUACAUUAUAAGACCUCUCUCACAGCUGUCAUUAAAUGUAAGCUUUGUUUAUGGAAAUAAAAAAUUCAAGAGCUUUUGACUAAA